CAUACUUAUUAUUAUUAUUAUUAGAGUCGCGUCUACAAUUCGCGUAAUCCCAGGCGAGAAUCGAACAUUCUCCAAGACCUAGAAAUUAGGGUGGGAGGCGAGGAAGAAGACGCAGAAGCACGCAAUUGAAUUCACAAGGUAAGUUAAGGUAAAAGCAUUCAAAUCAGCAUACGUCACGUCACAGCGGUGACAAGAGACCAAACCAAGUUUCUGCCCUGGGAGCACUAUGUCGGAAGCCAUGAGCGCUCCUCCGCCCUUGAUACCCCAGCUGCAGGAAAUGCAGCAGCAGCAGCAGCAACAGCAGCAACAGCAGCACCAGCAGCAGGCCAACUCCGUUGCCCAGCAGUGGACCAACUACGCGUGGUACGCCAACCAAAAUGCAGCCGCCUACCAGCAGCAGUACCAGCAGUACUAUCAGUACUAUAUGCGGUACCAGCAGCAGCAGCAACAGGUAACCUCAACGAUAAGUUCGUCGAACGCGCCGCCCGGAUUUAGCAACGCCUUGGCAGCGCCACCACCUCCGCCCCUAGGACCCCCUCCACCACCACCCAAGUCCACUCAACCGAUCAACACCAACAAGUUGCAGCAGCAGCAGCAGCAGCAGCAACAACAGCAGCAGAAGAAUUUCGGAGGGAUACGUUUUAACUUGAAUUUAAAUCAGAAACGCUUGGCGAACGCACCCAAUCCGCUACAACAGCAGCAACAGCUGCAGCAGCAACAACAACAGCAGCAGCAGCAACAACAACAACAACAACAACAACAACAGAUCCAGCAGCAUCAGGCACAGGCACAGCAGCCGACCCAAUUGUUCAACAAUAAUAGCAAUAUAAAUAACGUUACAAACAAGAAGAAGCGGAAGCGGAAGAACAAAAACGCGAGCUUCGAUCAAAGCGCAUACAAUAAUCCGUUUAACACUAUAGCCACGCCCAUAGCCCCACCGCCGCCCAUUAUCAGCGAUGUGGUGGUGCCCAGCACACCAGACCUGAGCAAGCCACCCCCGCCCCUGCCCCUGGCUCUGGCCGCCAAUGCUGAGACUACCAAACCGGAGCCGAAGGGUUCUCCAGCUGCUUCUGCAGCGUUUAAGCGUCCCAACAACUUCCAGAUGACCUCCAAUGACUCCUGGCCAGACUCGUUGAAUCAGUACGUUGCUCGGUGCUACUCCAAGUGCAACACGGACCUGGACAAGGACCAGAUAGACAUAUGUCUGAAGGGCAAGAUCAUGGCAGCGGCUAAUCGAAAUGAGCUGUGGACCAGAGACUGGGACAACGAGCCUAUGCCGACGGUGCACAGCGAGCGAGACGGCAUCGAGGUUGUGCUUAGCCACGCCACGCCUCCACAGCCAGAAAGGAGCAACUACUUCAACAAGAAACGUGAGUUGGAGCAGGAGCGGGAGAGAGACCGGGAGCGGGAUCGGGAGCAGGAGCAAGAGAAGCCGGUCAAGGCACCGAAUGUUAAUCAAUUCAAGCAGAGGGCGAAUCAAUUCAAUAAAAUGCCAUCCAGUUACGGCCAUCAGCAGUCGUCGUCGCGGUAUUCCAGGAGUCGUUCGCGGUCCCCGUCGUCUUCGACCUCAUCGAAGUACACUCACAAGAAACGUUACUCGCGAUCUCAUUCACGUUCGCGUUCGCGUUCGCAUUCGGGUUCCCGCAGCAGCGAUGCUGUCAGUCCGCGGGCGCGUAAAGUUCAUCGUAAAUCGGGUUCCAGCGAGUCUCUGGAUUUCAUAUCCCUAAGCGCAAACCUCUCGCGCAAGAAGCAGAAAAUGCUAAUGAAGAAAGGCAAAAGACUCGCUGCAGCAGCGGCAGCGGGAUCCGCCGCGGCGCACCCUGGCCACUCCAAGAAAAAGCCGCACUUCUAUUCGAAACAAUCGUCUGUGGGUGGGGCCGUUGAUGAUGACACAGCGCGCUUGCAACAGCGGGCGGCACGUUUCUCGCAGCAGGGCUCCGGCUCGGCUAAGAAAUUUGUCGUCGCCAUUGCAAGUUCGCCUUUUGGUCUCACCACGGCCAAAAACCGGAAGAAACUGAUGCAGCAACAGCAGCAGCAGCAUCUUCGUUCUGCCUUCUACGAGGAUGUGGACCAGGCUAGCGGCUUAGAUUUGCUCGAUUUGCACAUUGUAGGAACUUGUAGGGACUUAGAGAAAUCCUUUUUGCGCCUGACAAAGGCUCCAUCCCCGUCGGAAGUGCGGCCCGUCGAGGUCCUCACCCAUUCGCUGUCCAACGUGAAGAGCAAGUGGCGUGCCAACCAGGAUUAUCAUUACGCGUGUGAUCAGUUGAAGUCCUUGAGGCAGGAUCUAACUGUGCAAGGUAUUCGCGAUCAGUUCACCGUUGAGGUGUACGAGACCCAUGCACGUAUUGCCAUGGAGAAGGGCGACCACGAGGAGUUCAAUCAGUGCCAGACGCAACUGAAGAUGCUCUACUCCGAGCUGGGUGGCCAGAGCCAUAACUCCAUGGAGUUUACGGCCUAUCGCAUACUGUACUACAUCUUCACAAAGAAUACCUUGGACAUUACCACAGUCCUGCGCUCGAUAUCAGCUGAUCAACGCGAGAAUCCUGCCAUUGCGCAUGCCUUGCAGUUCCGCUCGGCCUGGUCGUUGGGAAACUAUUGCAAGUUGUUUGCUCUGUACAAGACGGCGCCCCUCAUGUCGGGCCACAUGAUUGAAUGGUUUUUGGAAAGGGAGCGCAAGGCUGCUCUGCGAGUCAUCAUUAAAUCCUACCGUCCCAGCAUUAGCGUCGAAUAUGUUAGCAAUAUCUUGGCCUUCGAUAGCAUUGAGAAGUGCAAAGAAUGGCUCGAUACCUUCAGUUUGCCUUAUGCCGCGAGCGGUGCCCAAAUCGAUUGCAAAAAUGCCGCUGCCAUAGCCAUUUGAAGCAAUCCACUUAGAACAUAGAUACACAUCUGAGAGAAACACAUUUACCCCUGUGUACCUAGCAUUUCCGAAAUUCUCGGGGCCAGGUACACGUUUUAGGAUCGCGUAUUCCCCUAUCCGCGUUUAACCACUUUGUAAAUAUUUUAGGUAUUUUUAGUGCUCGCGUUCCCCUGAACGAUAAUUCAGAAAAUUCAACACAGAACGUGUUGGGGUCCCCUUGAAACCAUCUCUUACCCUGAACCGGCGUCUCCUCACUUUGGAUUUGUCUACGAAACGAUAGAAACUACCUCAGACCCUCAUUAUUUGCCAGAAAAAUAAUUCAUCUUUCGACUACAAGGAAGGACACGAUCUAAAUCAACUGGCUUUGCAUCCACCAGCAGGGGAGAAACUAAAUGGAAACUAUACGAUUGUUCCUGGAUGGAAUCGACGAUGGGAUCCAGGCCCUGUGCUUUGCGGAUUUCGCCGGAUUGGAUAAACUAUUUCAUUCAGGAGCUGGCCCUAACUUUGGAAUUGGAUGGAAUCGGGUUGAACGAACAACGAUUUUUGCAUAUUUUCAUCGUUGGUCUCGAAAAGUUUCUGAUUGAAAUAUUGCAGAAAACCAACCCAUUCGAUAUUAAACCUCUAGGAAACCGUACAGGGACCACGGAUGCAUCAGAAAUGAUGGUGGCUCGAGUAAUGCCCGCACUCCGGUCCACUAAUAACUCGAUGAAGCCUGAACAACGUCGUGAACUAACAAACUAUUGUUUCAAAAAGCAAGAGAACAUUGUGAAGCCAUCGCCAAACUCCAAGAGCUAACGUGUGCUGUGUGCUGAAAACAAAUUUUUGUUUCUCUGUUUUUUUUUUUUAAUAUUAUUUUCCACUCUUUUCCCAUCAUUUUUAAACUAAUAUUAAGGCUUAGGCUUAAUGUUUGUUGUCUUCUUUAAAUUAUUGAAACGGUUUAUACUAAUGUCUUGUCUCUCUAUUGUAUACCUGUAUAUAUACAACCAUCACCACCACCACCACCACCAGUACCGGUACCAGUACGAGUACCAGAACCAGAACCAGAAUCAGAACGAACUGCAGCCACGAUGCGAUGCAACAAGCAGCUCAACACACGCCGCUAUCGCUUCGGAAGAUCAAAGUCCGGCCCCGACACGUUUUUGGAGUACGGCCCGUCUCUCCAGUCUCUCCAGUCUCGCAAUCAUCCAUCCAUUCAAGGGAAGCCAGCAAGUUUGCGCGCCAUUUGUAAGCUCUUCCAAUUUUAAUUCGUGUCAUUAAGUGGGUCCCCGUUAUGAAUUGGCUAAGAUUAUUGAACAAAACCAUUUCUAGACUGGGGAAAAGUUGAAGGAAAAUACUACACCAUGUAGUAAAUUGUACAAUAGACUAGUAUUAGUGGUAAUGCUAUCUUUUUAAGCUAAGUUUACCUGUUACAUUUACGUUUAACCUCCAUGAUGUUGGAAAAAAGAGGGAAAACAACUCGAGAUAUUCAAGUGCAUCUUUCCACAGUUCCGGAACAAGAUGCGAGCCCGUUGCAUGAAAAGUAAAACUAAAACCCCGCUCCUAAAGAAUAAACCGAGAAAAAACCA